AAAUUGUAUAAGAUUAUAAAUUAUUAACAUUACUUUUUCAUCUCCAAAGAAUAUACCAUGUUGCCAAUGUCAGAAACGUAUUACAGUAUCUCGUUCAUAGACUUUAUUAGUCAUCACCCUUCACCCUUUACAAUCUUAUUAGCAGCCUUAAUAUUCUCUGUCCUCGUAUAUAAAUUAUGGUUCUCUAUUACUACCCCAAAACGAAAUUUGCCACCAUCGCCUCCAACGCUACCGAUCAUUGGAAACCUCCACCAGCUUAUUGGCUUGUACACUCAUCGAACGCUGCAGUCCUUGAGCCUGCGCUAUGGCCCUGUCAUGCUGCUCCGGCUCGGCAGUGUGCCGGUCCUCGUAAUCUCCUCCGCCGCCGCGGCUAGGGAGAUUUUUAAGACUAACGACCAUGCCUUUUCGAACCGUAUCAAGUCCCUUACCUUAGAGAAGCUCCUCUACAACUACAAAGACGUUGGGACGGCACCCUAUGGCGAGUACUGGAGGCAGACUAGGAGCCUUUGCGUGCUCCAUAUGCUAAGCAAAAAAAGGGUUCUGUCCUAUAGAGCCAUAAGGGAGGAGGAGUCCAUUCUCAUGGUUGAAAAGAUUCGAAACUAUUCACGUAAUAAUCAUCAUGGGGCUGUCAAUUUGAGCGACCUGUUUUCACGGAUGACGAACAACGUCGUUUGUAGGGUGGCGUUGGGGAGGAAGUACGAUGAAGAAAGUGAUGCGAAGAGGUCUAGGAGGCUUUUGGGGGAGCUUACGGAGUUGAUGGGAACAUUCAAUAUAGGAGAUUAUAUUCCGAAGCUUGCUUGGUUGAACCGUUUGAAUGGUUUGGAUGGUAGAAUAGAGAAGGUGGCUAAGGAGUUCGAUGAGUUCUUGGAAGGUGUUCUUCAUGAACGUAUGAAUAUAAAUGACAAUGUUAUUGGGAACAUUGAAGACCAGAAUGCUUUAGUGGACAUUUUGCUUUGGAUUCAAAGGGAAAACUUGCUUGGCUCCCCUUUUGAUAAAACUUGCGUAAAGGCUAUAAUUUUGGACAUGUUUGGAGCGGGAAUUGAAACUUCUUUCGCAGUCCUAGAAUGGGCAAUGACUGAGCUGCUAAGGCAUCCAAAUGCCAUGGAAAAACUUCAAAACGAGGUCAGAACCGCAAUCUGUAGUAAGAAGAGCAACACUAGUACUACAGAAGAUAAUGAUUAUGUUACAGAGGACGACCUAGAAAAAAUGCCUUAUCUGAAGGCAGUUUUAAAAGAAACCCUCCGUCUUCAUCCCCCGAUCCCUAUCCUCCUUCCCCGACUUUCAACUCAAGAUGUGAAGAUAAGCGGAUACGACGUCGUUUCAGGCACCCAGGUUUUCAUCAAUGCAUGGGCAAUCGGGAAAGAUUCCGCCACUUGGGAAGACGAACCAGAAAAGUUUGAACCGGAGAGGUUCCUGUUCAAGAACGCGGAAGUGGAUUACAAAGGUCACGACUUUGGGUUGAUUCCGUUCGGGGCCGGGCGGCGGGGCUGUCCUGGGAUUAACUUUGCCAUGUCCAUUAACGAGCUUGCUUUGGCCAGUGUCAUCCAUAAGUUUGACUGGGCAUUCCUGACUGGAGAAGAGAGUUCAAAUCAUCAUAUGAUUGAAACCACUGGCAUUACCAAGCGUAGAAAGUUUUCUCUCAUGGCCGUGCCAACUGAAUAUUGUGAUCAACCCGGAUCUAUAUAUUAAUAUAAAUAUGGGAAUUUUGUAGGGCAUCACCUACGGUACAAGCAUUUUUUAUUUUCGUAACUUGGAGAAAUUACAACUCAAUUUUUGCAUGAAGACGUAUGUUAUAGUUACAGCAAUCAUCUUACUAAUUUUUGGGAAAUUUCGAAUAAUUUAAAGUGCCGAAAUCAGAGUUCAAAUAGUCAGUUGCGUGUGUGCUUGAUUUGUUUUAUACGUGUAGAAAACAGACUAUUUAAACUCCGAUCGAUUUCAGCACUGUAAAUUCAUCGAAGUUACUUGAAAAUUAGUGGGAUACCUGUUAUAACUAUAAUGCAUGUCAUAAUGCAAAAACAAAUUGAGUUAUAAUUUCUCAAAAUACCGAAAAUAAAAAACGCUCCUACAGGUGGGCAAAAAUGAUGACCCUAUCUAAGAAACUCCCAAUAUAUGUAUAUUUAUAAUUAUGUUACAGGUUCUCAUUCCAUAUCAAAAUAAAUAUAGUUCACCCUUAAAAUUAAUUAGAAAUAAGUGGAAUACUCUAUAAUCUUUAUAAUUGGUUAAGUAUAUUAAUGUGUUUGUUUAAUGUGAUACACGUACCGUUAAAACUGUCUAAGGUAACUCA